AUGGCAGAAUUCACUCAUGAGAGCACGGAAGACCAGGAGGAAGAAGAGUUACAGGAGGAAGUGUUAGAUUUUGCGCCAGCAGCACUGGAUGACUCUCUGCCAGAAGUGGAAGAUCCUUUACAGGAAAUAAACUUAGGGACAGAAGAGGAUCCAAGACCUACUUUUAUUAGCGCACUAUUGAAAGAACCGCUCAAGAGUGAGCUCAUUGCACUGUUGCAGGAGUUCAGAGAUUGUUUUGCUUGGCAUUAUCAUGAAAUGCCAUGUCUAGACAGAGAAUUAGUGGAGCACAAGUUGCCAAUCAAAGAGGGAUACCUUCCAGUCAAACAGGCCAGAAGAAGAAUGUCCCUGGACACAAAACUAAAGGUCAAAGAAGAAAUAGAAAGGUUGCUCAAAGCAGGAUUCAUCAGACCAGCCAUCUAUGCAGAUUGGCUAGCUAAUAUUGUACCAGUUCUGAAAAGAAAAACUGGGGUAGUCAGAAUCUGUGUGGAUUACAGAAUGAGGCAGCACAAACUAAAGAUGAACCCAAAGAAAUGUGUUUUUGGAGUUCAAGCAGGAAAUUUCCUAGGAUUCUUGGUCCACCAGAGAGGUAUAGAAAUCGACAAAAACAAAGCAAAGUCCAUCAUAGAAGCUCUGCCGCCUAGGAACAAGAAAGAAUUGCAGAGUCUCUUAGGAAAAAUUAAUUUUUUAAGAAGAUUCAUAUCCAAUUCUGCAGGAAAGAUCCAGCUUUUCUCCUCUUUGUUAAGAUUGAAACAGGAACAGACCUUCAAGUGGGAAGAACAGCACCAACAAGCUUUUGAGGAAAUCAAGCAUUACCUCUCAAAUCCACCAGUUCUGUCCCCACCAAAGAGAGGCAGACCACUCAAGCUCUAUGUAUCUGCAUCAGAAGUAUCCAUUGGGAGUCUGUUGGUUCAAGAUAACAAGGAAGGGAAGGAACAGGCAAUCUAUUACUUGAGCAGAACUCUGACAGAGGUGGAAAGAAAAUAUUCUGCAAUUGAAAGACUUUGCCUAGCCUUGUACUUCACUGCUGUGAAACUCAGACACUACAUGCUGUCAUACACCAUCUACAUAAUUGCCAAGACAGAUCUGAUCAAGUAUGUUCCUCAGAAAGAUGUCAAGGGACAAGUUGUGGCAGACUUCCUAGCAGAUCAUCCUGGAGAGGAAAUUGAGAACAUGGACUCUUUGGACAUAGCAAAUGCAGAUCUGUUAACUAGAGCUUACACUUGCUUUAACAAUCCUAUCUAUUCAGUUCAUCUCACACCUUGGAAGCUGUAUUUUGAUAGAUCAAAAACUUAUAUAGCUUCUGGGGCAGGAAUUGUUUUGGAAGAACCACUUGGAAUCAGACACUGUUAUUCUUUCCAGUUAGAUUUCCAAUGCACCAACAACAGGGCAGAAUAUAAAGCUCUAAUCAUAGGAUUAAAAAUGCUGAUUGCUGGGGAAUACAAGUGCCUUAGUCCUUCUCUAGCUGUAUAUCUAGUGGCAGCUAGGAAUCUUCUGACAGAAUUUAGAGAAGCUACUUGGGAACACAUCCCAAGGGAGGAAACUGUGCAGCCAAUGAACUGGCCCAAGUAG